AUGUCUGGUAGUGACCAGGAGAAAUACGGCGGCUCUUUUGAGCACACAUCCGAUGUGGCCGCCCACGAUCAGCCUAGUCCUAUCGAUGACGCUCCUCACUUUGACAAACACAGGGAGAACAAGCUGAUCCGCAAGAUUGACUUUCGUCUGCUUCCAAUUCUGGGAGCGUUGUACUCCAUUGCACUCAUCGAUCGGGUCAAUAUCUCCAAUGCCCGAGUUGCUGGUAUGGGAGAGGAUCUUCAACUAAACAUUGGCAACCGCUAUACCGUGGCUCUUGUCGUAUUCUUUCCACCCUACUUCUUGUUUGAGCUGCCGUCAAAUAUCGUUCUCCGCCGCGUUGGAAGUGCCAACUGGCUGUCAUUCAUAGCCUUCUCAUGGGGUUGCACAAUGCUCGGCCAGGGAUUUGUCAAGUCGUAUGAAGCUCUCGCUGUGUGUCGCACAAUACUUGGACUCUUCGAAGCAGGAUUCUUCCCGGGGUGUGUAUACCUUAUCUGUUGCUGGUACGUUCGAUAUGAGGUGCAGAAGCGGCUCGCGUUUUUCUACAUCCUUUCCGUGCUCGUCGGAGGCUUUUCCAAUAUUCUGGCGUAUGGUCUCAUGCAGAUGGAAGGAGUCGGCGGCCAGCGCGGAUGGCAAUGGAUCUUUAUCAUCGAAGGUCUAAUGACAGUAGUUGUCGCCAUCAUCGCAUGGUUCAUCAUUGUCGACUUCCCCGAUAAAGCUGAGAAGAAGGGUCUCUUGAGUCACGAGGAGGCUGCAUUCAUCGUGCGACGGAUUGAGCUCGAUAGAAAUGAUGCCAUUCCCGAUCCUCUUACCUGGGCCAAAUUCUUCCAUCAUCUCGGAGACUGGAAGCUCUGGACGUUCGCUUUGAUGUUCAUGUCAACGACUAUGCCGGCAUACGCCUUUGCAUAUUUCACCCCAGUCAUCGUCCAGGGUAUGGGAUAUACCGCAGGCAUUGCCAAUCUGCUAUCGGCACCUCCAGUUGUCACAGCAGUAUUCAGUGCUUUGGGGUUCGCCUGGAUUGGAGAUAAGUAUCACGUCCGUGCUCCUAUUAUUGCAGCCCAGGCAGUCAUCGUGAUAGUCGGCUUGAUGAUCACGGCCUACCACAGCUCGGACGGCGUCAGAUACUUCGGAAUCUUCCUCGGCAUUGCUGGAUGCCAGGGAAACAUUCCGGCCAUUCUGGCAUACCAGUCGAACAACAUCCGGAUGCAGUCCAAGAGAAGUGUAGGCAGCGCGCUCCAGAUUGGGUUCGGCGCGAUCGGCGGCAUCAUCGCCUCCACUGCUUUCACCCAGAAGGAAGCUCCCUACUACAGGAGCGGACUGUGGGCCACUGCCGCAUUGCAGUUCUUUGUUCUGGGAUCUGUCGCUUGCACUUCAUGGUACUUCUGGAAGAAGAAUAAGCAAGUGGAUGCCGGGACCCUUGAGAAGCCGAUUGAGGGACAAGAGGGUUUCAAGUACACUCUUUAA